AUGUGCUCACCUACGGGCUCUUCACACCUCGAUUUUCUUGCCGCCUUCUUCUCAUCCAAGUGUUCGCGGACACGGAGCCUUGUUGUCAUCCAGGGUAUCGGCAAUGUUGUAACCGACGUAUUUCUGCUUGUCCUCCCACUCCCGGUCGUCUGGACGCUGCGUAUACCUCUGGGACGCAAGCUUGGGGUCUCAUGCAUGUUUUUAGUUGGCCUCUCCGCUUGUGCUUCCAGCGCCAUGGGACUCUACUACCGAGCACUGUAUUACGACGCUGGCCAAAACAACAUCAGACUAGUUGUCACUGUAUGGGCAACAGCGUUUGAAUGCCAGCAUAGCGGAAGUGGCAGCCGGCGUCAUGAUCUGUUGCAUGCCACCCACGGCCGCACUGUUGAAAUGCUUGAAACAGUCGAUAAACUCGUCGAUGAGCAUUCACAAUCCUAUCACCUGCCCCCCAGCGCUCGCAAGCGAUACACGGCUUGGGUUGAUACCGAAGUCGACACAUUAUCUCUGCGGGAGAUGAACCUGAGCAACGGCAGCGUCCGAAAGAAAACCAAGGUCAAGAUGUAA